UUAGACCCCGUAUUGGUGAUAUCGUGUCGGGUUUGGUUAAACACCGACUCACCAAAACCGUCGUGCACCCCUUGUUUGAGUUCGAGUCCACCUUUAUUCUUCCACUUUCUCCUCCUGUUGUUACUUCUACUCAACCUUACUACUCCUCCCUCUAUCCCACCCUUCUCCUCUGUCCAACUCCGGAUUCUCUCUCACCGCCACCGCCACCGCCACCGCCACUUGUCCCAACCUCCACCAUCAUUUCCCCCCUCAACAACCAAUUUUCAUUCAGUCUCCACCAUCUGAUCUUCCCAGUACUUCAUUGUUUCCCUAAUCCUUGCUGUACUGGAUCAAAUCACAAUCCUCUCACUCUUUCUUGGCUCUGCUAUGCUAUGGAAUCCUCCAGUAAUUCUUCCGGUGCACCUCCAAGUCAUACCGUCAGAUCAAACAACAACAACAAUGUCGUGAUUAAUCCCGACGGCUCUGAUUCUUCGAAGAUUGUGGAAGGAGAGUAUGGGUUUGUUCUUGAAGAUGUUCCUCGCUUGUCUGAUUAUCUCUCUCAUCUCCCUACCUAUCCAAAUCCGUUGCAAGACAAUCCCUCGUAUUCUGUUGUCAAGCAGCAUUUCGUAAACGAAGAAGACACGGUUGCUCAGACGAUUGUUGUCCAUGAAGAUAGUCCAAGAGGGACACAUUUUAGGCGUGCUGGACCUCGGCAAAGGGUUUAUUUUGAAGCGGAUGAAGUGGAAGCUUGCAUUGUGACAUGUGGUGGUCUAUGUCCUGGUUUGAACACCGUAGUUAGAGAAAUAGUUUGUGGUCUGUACAAUAUGUAUGGAGUCACUAGAGUACUUGGUAUCGAAGGAGGCUACAGAGGUUUCUAUGCUCGAAAUACUGUAUCAUUAACUCCUAAAUCUGUCAAUGACAUCCACAAACGUGGCGGAACAAUCCUUGGUACUUCACGAGGGGGGCAUGAUACCACAAAAAUAGUUGACAGCAUAGAGGACCGAGGAAUAAAUCAGGUAUACAUAAUUGGAGGAGAUGGUACUCAAAGAGGGGCAUCUGUGAUAUUUGAGGAAGUUAGAAGACGUGGUCUAAAAGUUUCUGUUAUUGGGAUCCCCAAGACCAUUGACAAUGACAUUCCGGUAAUAGACAAGUCCUUUGGUUUUGACACUGCUGUGGAGGAGGCACAAAGAGCAAUUGAUGCAGCUCACGUGGAAGCUGAAAGUGCCGAGCAUGGUGUGGGUGUUGUUAAGCUAAUGGGGCGCGACUGUGGAUUUAUUGCUCAGUAUGCAACUCUUGCCAGCCGAGACGUGGAUUGUUGCUUAAUUCCAGAAUCACCAUUUUAUCUUGAAGGACCUGGUGGACUCUUUGAAUAUAUGGAGAAAAGACUCAAAGAGAAUGGGCAUAUGGUCAUUGUCAUAGCUGAGGGUGCCGGACAGAAUCUUCUUUCAGAAUCCUUGCCUAAUAUGGAUGAUAAGGAUGCCUCUGGGAACAAGCUUUUUCAAGAUGUUGGGUUGUGGAUAUCGCAAAAAAUCAAGGAUUAUUUCAAGCAGAAGGAUUGGGUGAUAAAUCUCAAACACAUAGAUCCAACGUAUAUGAUCCGUGCAAUUCCUGCAAAUGCAUCAGAUAAUGUUUACUGUACACUACUUGCACAUAGUGCGAUUCAUGGUGCAAUGGCAGGAUACACAGGGUUCACUGUUGGGCCAGUUAACAGUAGACAUGCCUACAUACCGUUCCAGCGAAUUACUGAGAAGCAAAACAAGGUUGUAAUAACAGACAGGAUGUGGGCAAGGCUUUUGUCUUCCACCAACCAGCCAAGCUUUUUGGGGCUUAAGACCAUUCAAGGACUGAAGAUAAAACAAGAGCAGAAGCAGGCAGGGAGUUGCUAGAGGACUACGUCAUAUUCAGGAGUCUCUUUGAACUGAGAUUUUAAUGCAGUCACUCAGAUAUACCGUAACAGAAUCUUGAUUGGAAGCUAUUGGUUUUGUUCUCUUCUCAAGGCGAUGAGCUAAUGCUUCACUAUUACUAUUGGGAUUCGUCAAAUUUUGAAAGAUAUACUCCAUCUUCGUCUUUGUCUUAGUCAGUCAGCUAAAUGUUUUACUAUCUACUAGCGACUUCAUCUCUGUAAGUUUGUGGCAUGUAAACAAUUUUGUUUCUUAAUUUUUUUUUUUUUUUUUUAUCAAAUAAUUUGUUCUAUCCUUAUAAUUGAGAUAGUUCGUAGCAUGGUUUACAAAUGACCUGGAAUUGUGAUUGGGAGACUAGAAUUGAAUUUGUUUCCCGUUGUGUUUGGCAGCUGAA